AUGGCGACCUCCUCUAGGAAGGUGGCUUCCGAUACUCCAGGAACCAGAGACUACAAAUACACCCAAGAAAUUUCGCAGAUGAUGUUCGUAUUCGGUGAGGUUCAGGAUCCCAACCCGGAGACGGUCAACUUGGUGGAGGAUAUUGUUCGCAGUCAGCUAAUUGAACUUAUUGUACAGGCCCGUAUGCUCGCCAGUCGUCGUGGGGCACGCUACCUCUCAGCGGAAGACCUCAUCUUCCUCAUUCGGCAUGAUCGUGCUAAAGUGAAUCGAUUGCGCACAUAUCUUUCCUGGAAAGAUGUCCGUAAACACGCAAAGGACUCUGGUGGGGAUGGUGGUGGGGGUGUAGAAGUGGAAACGUUAGAGGAUGGUGCUGACGACAAAUUGACCGCAAAGGCCCAAAAGAUUACCAUUAAACUCCCUUGGGAGAUUAUGACGAUAUACUCGGAUGUGCUGCAGACAGACGAUGAGGAGGACGAAGAUGAUAUUGAAGCUCAUGAAGCUUCCAUUCAGCGACUGAAGGCAAGCAUGAUAUUUGGCAUGCAUGAAGCCGAUGAUGCUACGCGGCAAAUGACUCGUGAAGAAUAUCAACAUUACUCUGAUUGUCGACAAGCCUCAUUCACAUACCGUAAAGCUAAGCGAUUUCGCGAGUUUCUUAACCUGCCGCCUGCUCUUGACCUCAAGGCAAAUGACGAUACAGUCGAUAUCGUCGGCUUCCUCGCAUUCGAGAUGGUUCGCUCUCUCACUAUCGCCGGCCUCGAGGUCAAGAAGUCACUAGAAGAGUCUUAUCUGCGCGAAGACCUCCAUGCUUCCUCAGCGAUUUUGGGGAAGCGCAAGGCGGGGUCGAGCCUAGGUUCAGACGCAAAACGUAUGCGACGCGAAGAAACCCCAGAUCGCGAUGUCGAUUCACCCCUACCGACAUGCUCAUUGUUCCUUCCGCCACCGGAGGCGCGUACAUCACUGCGUCCUGAACACAUACAAGAUGCAUUCGCAAGAAUGCAGGGCGAUUGGUCACAGCGCCGAUCAGCGGGCAUGCGCAAUUGGCGUGGGGGACUGGUUCGGACUACUGUUAGCCUCAUCUAG